AUGACAAGUGUCCGCUGCAAGCUGGCCUACUACCUGGAGGACCUGGAGGACAUGGACUUGAAGAAGUUCAAGAUGCACUUAGAAGACUAUCCUCCUCAGAAGGGCUGUAUUGCACUCCCUCGGGGCCAAACAGAGAAAGCAGAUCCUGUGGAUCUAGCUACCCUUAUGAUUGACUUCAACGGGGAGGAGAAGGCAUGGGCCAUGGCAGUCUGGAUUUUUGCUGCAAUCAACAGGAGAGACCUUUAUGAGAAAGCCAAGAGGAAUGAGCCAGAGUGGGAGAAUGCACAUGUUUCUGUGGUAUGCCGGGAAGAAAGCCUCGAAGAAGAGUGGAUGGGUUUAUUGGGGUACCUUUCCAGAAUCUCUAUUUGUAGAAAAAAGAAAGAUUACUGUAAGAAAUACAGAAAUCACGUAAGAAGCAGAUUUCAGUGUAUCAAAGACAGGAAUGCUCGUCUGGGUGAGAGCGUGAACCUCAACAAACGCUAUACCAGGCUGCGUCUUGUCAAAGAACAUCAGAGCCAGCAGGAGAGGGAGCACGAACUCCUGGCCAUUGGUAGGACCUUGGCCAACCAGCAAGAUGGCCCUAUGAGUUCCAUAAACUUGGAAUUGCUGUUUGAUCCUGAGGACCAACACAGUGAGCCUGUGCAUACGGUGGUGGUCCAGGGAUUGGCAGGCAUUGGGAAAACAAUACUGGCCAGGAAGAUCAUGUUGGACUGGGCAUCAGAGAAACUUUACCAGGACAAGUUUGACUAUUUGUUCUACAUCCACUGUCGGGAGGUGAGCCUGGGGACACGGAGGAGCCUGCGGGACCUGAUGGUCAGCUGCUGCCCUAACCCAAACCCACCCAUAGACAAGAUUGUGAAGAAGCCUUCCAGGAUCCUCUUCCUCAUGGAUGGCUUUGAUGAGCUGCAAGGAACCUUUGAUGAGCAGACAGAGGAGCUGUGCACAGACUGGCAGAAGGUGGAGCGGGGAGACAUUCUCCUGAGCAGCCUCAUCAGAAAGAGGCUGCUUCCUGAGGCCUCACUGAUCAUCACCACGAGGCCUGUGGCCCUGGAGAAACUACACCACUUGCUGGACCGUCCGCGGCACCUGGAGAUCCUGGGUUUCUCAGAGGCCAAGAAGAAGGAGUAUUUCUUUAAGUAUUUCUCAGAUGAGCAGCAAGCCCAGGAAGCCUUCAGGUUGAUUCAGGAGAACGAGGUCCUCUUCACUAUGUGCUUUAUCCCCCUGGUCUGCUGGAUCGUGUGCACUGGGCUGAAGCAGCAGAUGGACAGUGGCAAGAGCCUUGCUCAGACCUCUAAGACCACCACUGCUGUGUACAUCUUCUUCCUCUCCAGUUUGUUGCAGUCUCGAGUAGGGAACCAGAAGCAUCAUGUUUCUGCCAACCUUCGGGGUCUCUGCUCAUUGGCCACAGAUGGAAUCUGGAACCAGAAAAUCCUGUUUGAGGAGAGUGACCUCAGGAACCAUGGCCUGCAGAAGGCGGAUAUGUCUGCUUUCCUGAGGGUGAACCUAUUCAAAAAGGAAGUGGAAUGUGAGAAAUUCUACAGCUUCAUCCACAUGACUUUCCAGGAGUUCUUUGCUGCCAUGUACUACUUGCUGGAAGAGGAGGAACAGCAGGUGCCAAAGAACAUGCUACAGAGUCGUUCGGAGCUCCCCAGCCGAGACGUGACAGUUCUUCUUGAAAACUAUGGAAAAUUUGAAAAGGGGUAUCUGAUUUUUGUUGUCCGUUUCCUCUUUGGCCUUAUCAACCAGGAGAGGACUUCCUACUUGGAGAAAAAACUGAGUUGUAAGAUCUCUCAGCAAAUCAGGCUGGAGCUGCUGAAGUGGAUCGAAGCAAAAGCCAAGGCCAAUACCCUGCAGAUGCAGCCCAGCCAGCUGGAGCUGUUCUACUGCUUGUAUGAGAUGCAGGAGGAGGGCUUUGUGCAAAGGGCCAUGGACUACUUCCCCAAAAUUCAGAUCAAUCUCUCCACCAGGAUGGACCAUGUGGUUUCCUCUUUCUGUAUCAAGAACUGCCACAAUGUGCAGUCCCUUUCCCUGAGGCUGCUCCACAACUCCCCUAAGGAGGAAGAAGAGGAGGAGGAGGAGGAGGAGGGAGCCCCACACUCCCACGUGGACCAGGGUGUUGUCCCAGGUCCUCACACGGCCUCUUCUCAUCGGUUGGUGAACUACUAUCUCACAUCCAGCAUCUGCCGGAGCCUCUUCUCUGUCCUGGGUACUAACCGGAACCUCACUGAAUUGAACCUCAGUGACAAUCCUCUGGGGGAUGAAGGGAUGAAGGUGUUAUGUGAAGUGCUCCAGAAUCCUGGAUGUAACGUUCAAAGAUUGUGGUUGAGGCGGUGUUGCCUUUCCCAUCAGUGCUGCUUCCACAUCUCCUCUGUCCUGAGCAGCUCCCAUAUGCUGGUGGAACUGGAUCUGAGCCACAACGCUCUGGCAGACUGUGGAGUCAAACUCAUGUGUGUGGGAAUGAGGCAUGCAUUCUGCAGUCUAAAGAAGCUGUGGUUGGUCAACUGCUGUCUCACACUGGCAUGUUGUGCGGAUAUUGCAUCUGUCCUGAGCACCAGCCAGUCCCUGACCAGACUCUACUUGGGAGAAAAUGCCCUGGGAGACUCAGGAGUUGGAAUUUUAUGUGAAAAAGCAAAGCAUCCACGAUGUAAGCUGCAGAAACUGGGGUUGGUGAAGUCGGGCCUUACAUCAGAUUGUUGUCCAGCUCUGUCCUCAGUGCUCAGUGGCAACCAGAAUCUCACGCACCUUUUCCUACGGGGCAAUGCUCUUGGAGACAUGGGGGUGAAGCUACUGUGUAAGGGACUCUUGCACCCCAACUGCAAGCUUCAGAUGUUGGAACUAGACAAUUGCAGCCUCUCCUCACACUGCUGCUGGGAUCUUUCCACACUUCUGACCUCCAACCAGAGCCUGCGACAGCUGAACCUGGGCAACAACGACCUGGGAGAUCUGGGAGUCAUGCUGUUCUGCGAAGUGCUGAAACAACAGGGCUGCCUCCUAAAAAGGCUUCAGUUAUGUAAAAUGUAUUUUAAUUAUGAUACAAUCUGUGCAUUAGAAGCACUUCAAGAAGAAAAGCCCGAGUUGACCAUUGUCUUUGAGCCGUCUCAGCAGUGA